AUGCUUAAGAUAUCAUCUCAAUUUGCUCUCUUCUGCUUCGUUGCAGUUGCCAGGGCAUAUUCAGUCUUUGAGACCACAUGUUCUAAACCUCCCAUCGGGCAUCCUAAUGUUCCAGAGCAACGCCAUGGCUACAGACAUGAUCUCAAUGAUGUUACACAAGUAUCUGGGUGGAAAGCGAGCAUCAGAUGGAAAUUAAAGCACCUUCUCAGCGCUUCAAAUGCGUUUAUAUUGACAAUUCUUGCACCUGAAAUCAUAAUUGGCGUGGCUUACAACGUCCGCCUCCAAGCUCGCGAAGACCACCCGACAUUGCUGCGACUUGCAGAUCAAGAUCGCAUCAGAUGGUCUUUAACGCAUACCUACUAUGCAAACAUGGGAGGGUUUGUUAUAUUGAAAGAAGAAAGCAGAGAAAAUGUGAACGGGUACAAUCUGCAUCACCUUACUGGAAGGGAUCUCAUCAAACUCAGAGAAACGAACCGAGUCGCCAGAUUACCCGAUAUCACUGAAGAAGAACUCAUUGAUAGGGCUAAAGAUGACCCCUUCAUCAGGACCGUUUCAGUUGCCCAAAUCAUAUGGUCCACAAUACAAAUUCUUAUUCGUGCUGCAAGGAAGCUCUCCAUCUGCCCGCUUGAGCUCGCCGUUUUGGCCUUUGCAGCCUGUGCAAUCAUCAUAUAUGGCUUGUACUGGGAUAAACCAAAAUCUAUCGGCGUAUCAACUACGAUUUCUCUGCAGCAUCAAGACUACCACACAUGGAUAGCAAAGGAACUUGAAGAAGACGACGGUUCUAUCAUAAAUCUGGCGCUUCCUGUGGGUAAACGCCCAUAUGGUGCACCACUACACGCCGCUGACGGUCGGGCCGCGAGCGACAGCAAGAAGUUUGCAAUCCCAACUGCAACGGCAAUGCUGGCAGCAAUGAUUCUAUUUGGCGCGAUACACAUUGGAGCCUGGAAUUUCACGUUUCCUUCCACAUUCGAGUUGUAUCUAUGGAGAUGUGCAAGUAUCUAUUCAGUUAUGCAUGCAACUAUCGCGCUCCUUGCCGCAGUCUUUAUAUGUAAUGCCAAGGAUGGUGGCAAGCAUUUCCCUAAUAUCUUACCUGGUUGGUGUGGAGUACUUCUGUUUCUUAUAGUCUUGCUCCUAUACACUGCAUCGCGGCUGAUAAUUCUUGUUGAAAUAUUUCGAACACUUUGCUUCCUUCCCCCCGAUGCCUUUGUUUCGACCUGA